AUGUCUCGAGCCAAUUCGCGGAUGGGGUCGCGGCCAGUAUCCGCGGCAGGUGGUGGCCCCGCCCCGUUGCAAGGAUUUGGCCGGACUAACCACGACACCAGCAACAGAACUACGCUGCCACCCUCACAGGUCUUGGGGCGCGGUCGAUACAAGCCAGUCAAAGCCAAGGCGUCAUAUGUGGAUGAGUCGCUCUUUGGCGAGCCCUCUCGCAAGUCGGCGAGUGAACGGCAGCAGCAGCAGACCAAGUGGGCCGCACCAUGGCAUGAGCCUUCGAGCCGACCUACCAGCAGUGCCAAAGCAUCACGUGCCCAGCCUAGUGACCGUACCUCAUGGCUACAGUCGGCCCAGCCGCGGUCCAUGCGCGCUGUUGACCCCGGCAAGUACAAGAGUACCGAUCCUUGGAACGGACCAUUGACGAACACAGCCCCCCCGGCCAAAGGAGCUCGCAAGGCCAUGCCCUCGGAUCCUUGGCGAGGUUCGGGCUUUCACCAAGCCAAUCCUGCCCGACGUGGCCUGGCCAAACCGCCUGCUGCCACGAUUGAUCUCACUCAGGACAAGAGAUAG